CCGUUAAACGUGCCGCCGCCGUGUGAACGGAAUGAAGCCGCGUGCCCCGUUACCGCAAAAGCCACCGCAGACAAAGAAAGCGGGGAUGCCCUUAACGGAGAAGAAGCCAGGAGUGAACGCCUCGCGGUUGCUGCGUUGACGCGGGACCCUCGGGGGACCGGACCCGACCGCGCGCGCUGCUCGCUCAUUUAAAUAAAGUCAUCUGUUGCCAGUCGAACCCCCGAAGAAGCGCCGUCAGACGCGAUUCGAGGCGUUGCCCUUCGGACGCCGUCAGAGAGCCGCCAGCCUAUCCGCGAGCAUCCACCGUUACACACUGGAAAUGCCCUCCACUCGCGACGACUGACGACUGCCCGUACGAAACAAUUGCCAUGGGUCGCGUCGGCAGCUAGCUAGCUAGUUUCCCCUCCAACGACCAUGUUGUCGCGGAAGGCGGUUGACUUGUGACCGUUUGAGGAGCGGCACGAGAGGAGCCAGUCCAACGACGAGACCCGCCGAGAGCGAGGGGUGUUUCCCAGCAGAAGUCCCCGAUCCAUCCGGCUAACUACAGGCUUUUAUCCUUAUUCUUAGUAUUUUACCGUUUCACGCCUCCCCCCGUCUCCCGAGCCAGUCUCAACCCCACUGAAGACGGAGCGAGAAGGAGGGAGGCAGCGGCCGCUCCGGGGUCCCCCGAGUAGAGGCAGCCGAGGAGAGGCUUCGCUGAAAUGAGAUGAGGCUCAGAAAUGGAACUGUGGCCACUGCGAUUAUUUUCUUCACGUCCUUCCUCAGCCUGUCGUGGUACACAGCGUGGCAGAAUGGCAAAGAGAAGCUGACGGCAUACCAGCGGGAGUUCCAUGGCUUGAAAGAGCGCCUCCGCGUGGCCGAGCACAGGACGCUGCAGCGCUCGUCGGAGCUCAACAACAUCCUUGAUCAGUUCAAACGGGCCAUCGCCGAGACCAACAGCAGCAAAGAUGCGCUCGUGAACUUCUCAGGUAACGAUGAGACACAGAAACUUCUGAAGGAGCUCGCGAGAAGGAAGCCUCUCCAGGUGCCCAAUAUCUACCACCACCUGCCCCACCUUCUUAACAAUGAGGGCAGCCUGCAUCCCGCGGUGCAGGUUGGACUCGGCCGCACAGGAGUUACCAUGGUGAUGGGGAUCCCCACAGUGAGGCGGAAAGUGAAGUCUUAUCUGUCAGAGACGCUGCGUUCGCUCAUAGACAAGCUGUCACCAGAGGAGAAACUUGACUGCGUCAUUAUAGUCUACGUUGGGGAGACUGACGUGGACUACGUUCACAGCGUGGUUGCUGGUCUGGAGAAAGAGUUUUCUACGGAGCUGACUUCAGGCCUGCUGGAGGUGAUCUCCCCGCCAGCUGCCUAUUACCCCGAACUCGCCAACCUCAAAGAGACUUUUGGAGACUCCAAAGAGCGAGUCAAAUGGCGAACCAAGCAGAAUCUGGACUAUUCCUUCCUGAUGAUGUAUGCUGUGAGCAAAGGAGUUUAUUAUGUCCAGCUGGAGGAUGACAUUGUGGCCAAGCCCAACUACUUUGCCACGAUGAAGAACUUUGCCUUGCAGCUCUCGUCGGAGGACUGGAUGAUCCUGGAGUUCUCUCAGCUGGGCUUCAUUGGAAAAAUGUUCCAGGCUCCGGACUUGAACCUCAUUGUUGAGUUCAUUUUCAUGUUCUACAAGGAGAAGCCCAUUGAUUGGCUGCUGGACCAUAUUCUCUGGGUCAAAGUCUGCAAUCCUGAGAAAGAUGCGAAACACUGCGAGCGGCAGAAGUCCGGCCUACGGGUGCGUUUCCGACCCUCCCUGUUUCAACACGUGGGACUCCAUUCUUCUCUUGCCGGAAAGAUCCAAAAACUCACAGACAAGGACUUCCUGAAGCCGCUGCUCCAUAAGAUGCACGUCAACCCCCCGGCUGAGGUGUCCACUUCAGUGAAGGUGUAUCAGGGUCACACGCUAGAGAAGACAUACCUAGGAGAGGACUUCUUCUGGGCCGUCACUCCUACUGCCGGAGACUACGUCCUCUUCAAAUUUGACCGACCUGUUAGCAUAGAGAAGUUCCUGUUUCGUAGUGGUAAUCAAGAGCACCCAGGGGACAAGAUCCAGAACACCUCAGUGGAAAUACUGCCUGUUUCGGAACCUGGACCGCAGACCAAAGAGAAGUAUAAGCGAACUGAAGACCGCUUUUACAGGAUUGGUCAGUUUGAAAAGGGUGUGGCCGAAGGUGCUGUAGAUCCUUCAUUCAAUCCCAUCAUAGCCCUUCGGCUUUCAGUUCUCAAAGACUCAGCGGUGUGGGCCAUCCUCAGUGAAAUACAUAUAAAACGGCUAGCUGGCUGACUGUUCCGGAGCAGGCACAUGGAUCGUGGCCCCCGGGGGACCAAAAUGUCAUAGAUUGAUUGCGCGAGGCCUCUGGACAGCCACCAAUCAGCAGUGAAGCCAGGAGAGCCCACAAGAGUUGCCCGUCUAAGGAACGCCACCUCACUGUCCCUCGCUAAUGUACUUUGUUUUGCUUUUCAUCGAUAGAUUUCUCCAUUUUUCUUUUUUUGUCUGCAUCACUCUUGUGCUCUUAAUCUUUUGUAAGAAUGUGAGUACUACUGUCCUAAAGAACAACCGUGGGGUGUGUGUGACGACAUCUGUUCCGCACUUCGCUUCUCAAAGUGACUUGUUCAGCAGCUUUGAACUCAAUCGGGUUUGAGUUGACUGGGACGAAGGACCAUCACAUCAGGGGAGGCCCAGUAACCUGGCCACUGGUGCAGAUCCUCUUCCUGUUACUCAAUGUUGCCAUCUCCGGGCAAGCUGGGGCCAUUGCACUGUCACUAUUGCCUCUACGAAAGCCCACAAUGGUCGAGCAUGUUGUGCUCACUAAUGGCCAUUUGUCCUCGGUUCUCGACUGAGGUAUCGGCACACCGGCCGAAACCACAAUGUUUCCCCCACUCGCAGUAUUGUCUGCAGCUACACUCAAAUACUCCACUUGUCCUUGAAAAUCAGGAUGAGCUCACUGCAGCCAGUCAAUAACAACUUGUACACACAACACCGUAGGCCAGAUUCCAUGGUAACUACCCCAAUCCAUCAAGAGAAAUACCAUGACACUUGAUCUAUCUCACCUCCUGUCGGACAGGCCGUGUAAGACCUCUGUGUCCGUUUCUAGUAAACCAAUCAGAUAUUGCCUUGGCGUCAUUUUCCUCAAGCAAUAUAUUGUUAUAUUGAUAUAUUAUUAUUAUUAACAGCUUUGACGAUCGAUGAAGGUGACUUAAUUUAUUUGAAAUAAAUCUUUAAUUUGUACAAGAGGUAAAAUAUAUUUUUAUUCUAUUAAGAUGUUUAUGCUAGUUCAGAGUCUGUUUUAUUUGCUGAUUCUUUUUUCUGAUAUGCUAUUAUACUUUAUUCCAGCUACUUGCUGUCUGAAGGGUGCAGGUAGCUUGGUUCAACCUGUAACAGUUUAUUCUCACUUGAGGCUAAAAGUUACAAUCCAUUUGGACUUGGUAGAGUCCGAAUGGAAGGAGAUUUGUGAAUAGACGAAAGGUUCUCUUGAAGUUAGAAAUUAGAAAGAAUGUGCCUUAUAUCCAGGUCCCUUGAACUUGUCUCUGCAACAUUAUUCCAAUCUCUCACUCUUGCCUAGACUUUGAUUGAGGGAUAUUCUAAUAUUUUUUUAAAUGACACUGUCCAAAUAUUGACUGGUGUUACCCUAAGUCAAAAUGAUAAUAGAGACUGGGAUUUUGUACCAGAUUAACCAUCUGAAACGGCAUGUUUUGCACUGCUUUUUCACUAUUUUUGUUAUCACCACAUGCUUCACCAUUGUACUUAAACUUUCCAUCCCAGAAAAGAUGCCCAUUUCACAGACUCAUCCAAAUCUACAUAACAAUCUUUUGUUUAAUUGAGUAUCUGUUUUUUGCGAUUGGACAAAAUACAAUGACUUCUGAUUAUUGCCAAGUGAGCCUUUUGUUGUGUGAUUUGGCCUUUGUAAUGUAGUACUUUAACUGAUUGCCAAUAUUUAAAAAAUCAAUGAACAUUUGUCUUAUUUCCUCCAGUCUUUCUCUCCUCGUUAAGUAGUUUAUUGAAAUUCACUUGACAUGUUUAGUACUUUGUGUGUGUGUGUGUGUGUGUGUGUGCGUGCGUGUGCGUGUGCGUGUGUGUGUGUGUGUGUGUGUGUGUGGCUAAUGGUUUGAGCAGAAGCCACAUCGCCCAAGUGUAUCAAAGGUGGCAGGGAAGUGCCUUUUGGUUGAAUAGAUUUUUUGCUAAUCAUGUUCACAUGCAUGAUUAUUAUUUGCAGUUAUCAAUGUAUUUCAGGCUGACUGGCUGAUCAAAAUCAGCCAUGUCAGAGCUGUACUCAAGAAAACGACCUUGAAGUUGAAAGCUGGAUUUCUGCCUCUUCAUUAGAUCAUUUUGCUUUUUUGGUAGAAGAUGCGAGUAAGCCGCCUCCAAUAUUUUGAAAGGGGAAAUACAUUUCCAGUGCCGCUAGCAGGAUUGGCUUCUCCCGCUGUUUUGGUGUCCACAUACAAAGUGAAUGCAUGAAAACGGCAUGAACUGUGAUGCGUCUCUCUCUCCUUCCCAUUGUAUUAUUGGAAAGUGGACUAUUUGGGAGAGAAAAAGGAACUCUUCACUUAAUUGACAGACAAAUGCACCCAUCAGUUCAUGUGCCUUCAUCAUGUACAUGCGUAUGUCUGCCAUUGAUGUUUUUGAAUUCAUUUUUCAUGGACAUCCUUGAAAUAAAUGAUACAAGUUAUAGCCA